UGAYGGAGGAAGGGGCGCUAGAGGCAGAGGUAUGCAAAGCCGUGGUGGUGGUCGAGGAGGUGGAAGAGGUCGCCGUGGAGGAAGAGGCGGUGGUAUGAAAGGUGGAAGCAAAGUCGUGAUUGAACCCCACAGACAUGAAGGUAUUUUCAUAGCCAAGGGCAAAGAAGACGCUCUUGUCACUAAUAAUAUGGUCUCUGGUGAAUCUGUCUACAACGAGAAGAGGAUAUCCRUACAGAAUGAAGAUGGAACURAAGUUGAAUACAGAGUUUGGAACCCAUUCAGGUCAAAGUUGGCRGCUGCAGUUCUUGGUGGYGUUGAUGACAUAUGGAUUAAACCUGGUGCUCGAGUGUUGUAUCUUGGCGCUGCUUCAGGAACAACAGUAUCUCAUGUAUCAGAUCUUGUGGGGCCUACUGGUAUAGUGUAUGCUGUGGAAUUCUCUCAUAGAAGUGGUAGAGAUUUGGUGAACAUGGCAAAGAAGCGCACAAAUGUUAUACCCAUCAUUGAAGAUGCUAGACACCCUGCCAAGUAUCGAAUGUUGGUUGGCAUGGUGGAUGUGGUCUUUUCAGAUGUUGCUCAGCCAGAUCAGGUUCACACUUUGUUUUUGACUAGUCUUAUUAUUAUUGUAUGUUAACAUCAUCACCUUUGUUGAGAUUGAUGGCACACUUCUUCGACUUGUGUGAUUAAUAGAAUCCUACCAUUGAUUUUUGUAUCUUAUUGAUUAAYC